AUGCCAAGAUCUUUCCUGGUCAAAAAGGUCAAACUCGAUGAUUUCUCUUCGGCGGAUCUAGAGAACUCGUACGGCAGAUCUCGGGCAGACUUCAGCUCGCGGCUCCAUGACAAGGGGUACAUCCGUGACUACAUCACCCCGUCGGUCUAUGAAGGCGAAAGCGAAAGCGCCAUCAAGGUGCCCUCGCCUGACCCGAUCUACCCGGGGGCGCACGGGGACUAUGGCGCGCCGGACUCGGACCAGCCCGACAGCCCGCACUCGGAGAUCGCGGCCGGCUACAUCAACGGGGACGCGGCGGUGAGCGAGGGCUACGCGGUGGACGCCUUCUUCAUCACGGACGGGCGGUCGCGGCGCAAGGUGGUGAGCGGGGCGCGCAGCCUGCAGCGGCACCGGUGCAGCGAGUGCGGCAAAACCUACGCCACCUCCUCCAACCUCAGCCGGCACAAGCAGACGCACCGCAGCCUGGACAGCAAGAUGGCCAAGAAGUGCCCGACCUGCGGCAAGGUCUACGUCUCCAUGCCGGCCAUGGCCAUGCACCUGCUCACCCACGACCUCAAGCACAAGUGUGACAUCUGCGGCAAGGCCUUCAGCCGGCCCUGGCUGCUGCAGGGCCACAUGCGCUCGCACACGGGCGAGAAGCCCUUCGGCUGCGCGCACUGCGGCAAGGCCUUCGCCGACCGCUCCAACCUGCGCGCCCACAUGCAGACCCACUCGGCCUUCAAGCACUUCAAGUGCAAACGCUGCAGCAAGACCUUCGCCCUCAAGUCCUAUCUCAACAAGCACUACGAGUCGGCCUGCUUCAAGGGGGCCGUCCCGCCGCUCAGCCCCAUCGAGACCUGA